AUCGUACCAAGUGAUCGGUCUUUUGCAUCUUGGUUUAGUUAACAUCAUCAACAAUGGCAGCCGAAAAGGAAAUCGUGGUCGAUAGGUUGAGUGAUUUACCAGAUAAGCUUCUCUGCCACAUUCUUUCUUUCCUUCCGUUUCAUUCUUUAUUAAGAAUGAGAUCUUUGUCCACAAGAUUCCGAUACUUAUGGAGGUCCGUCCCCUCACUUGAUCUUAGGGACAACGAGUACCGACCACAUACCUUUAAAAGAAUCAUUGAUCAUGUCUUAAGGAACCAUGAAAACUUGGCAAUGGUCAAGAGAUUUCGUUUGUUAUGUUUUGACUGUGAGUAUGGGGAACCUGUGAUUUGUAAGUGGAUUGAUCUCUUGACGACUCCCAAUCGAUCUAAUCUUGAAGUGUUUCGUAUUCAUAUGUGUCGUCAGUUUGUUCGCGGUUUACCCCAGACUCUUUACUAUCAUCUCGAUUUGUCUCGUACGAUCGCUCCAUGUAAAAAACUCGAAAUCAUAUGGUUGUCUGGUGAGAUCGUAAUCGAAGAAAUCCCCAUCGACGUUCAUGUUUUCUUUCCGUGUCUUAAGGCCUUCCGACUCAAAGGUGUUUCGAUCCUGGGUGGUAACACACUGAACAAGCUUCUCUCCGGGUGCCCUCAGCUCGAAAUUUUUGAAAUCAAAGAUUGCUUUCUUGACUCGGACAGGGACAAAUUCCCAAAGUUCAUCAAUCCGGAGGUUGCUAUCAAGGCACUAUACUUGGAAUACCUUGUUAAACCUAGUGGGAUACGUGAUGAAGAUGAAGACUAAAUCGUGUAUUAUCCCUGGGUUCAGCUAGCAUUGAAGUUACUAGCCGGUCCAAACUUGCCCUUGAUCUUUUUGAAGUCGUUCUCUAAUAUGGUAAAGCACUUGGCGAUCUAUAAAACCGAUAAUGUUUUGUUCGAAGACAUCGAUUACAAUGGAGCAAUUGUUUGGCCAAAUUUGACACAUCUUGUGGUUAAGCUUAAUGAGUCCCCGUCUCAUGCUUUGUAUUUCUUGGUGGAACGUUCACCUAAUUUGAUUUCUCUAGUUAUAGAGAAGGGAUUUAGGUGGGAUCACAUGAGGGUUGCAUUACCAAGUGUUUCAUACUCCAAUCUCGAGACGGUCAAAAUUGUCGUAUUCGACGGAUUCGAAGAGAUUGAACUCGUCGAAUACUUUUUGAAGAAUGCAUCGGUGUUGAAGAAGUUGAUUCUAUGCUAUGAAAGAAUAAGUGAAGAAAUAAAGGCAAGGAUUGUGGAUCAACAAAGGGCUUCUUCGGGUCAGUGUGAAAUUCAAUUUUAUCCACUGUAGAUGAAUUUUAGCUUUUUAUUUUGU